GGCUGCUGUUAACUCCUCCCUUUUAUUCAUAUUCACACUGCCUGUUCUGAAUCUGCUACACAGUGAGCUGAGGGUGACAGGGAACCACCCCUGGCUACAUUCCAUGGAUUGAAUAUUACCCUGUAGCUUGCAAUGGCUCCUGGGAGAGUGAAACCGAUGUCCUCCGUAACCAGCCGCCACAAAGACCCUGACAAGCAUUCUACGCACAUUUUAACUUUUCUGGUUUUCACAUGCGUAUCUGCAGUAUAUUUUAAAACGUUACAUCCAUCUGUGCCUGGCGGGGACUCAGGGGAACUGAUCACAGCCGCAUAUGAGCUUGGAGUUGCCCAUCCUCCCGGUUACCCUCUGUUCACUGUACUGGCUAAAUUGGCAAUGAUGCUUUUGCCUUUUGGUUCCGUUGCUUAUCGCGUAAACUUCCUGUGUGGUCUGUUUGGAGCCAUUGCAUCAUCUCUCCUGUUUUAUGCAACAUUCAGGCUUUCUGGCUCAUAUUCGUCAGGAAUCCUUGCUUCAGGGAUAUUUUCAUUUUCCCGUCUUACAUGGCAAUGGUCCAUUGCAGCUGAGGUUUUCAGUCUAAACAAUCUGUUUGUGGCGUUGCUGAUGGCUCUAACUGUAGAGUUUGAGAAGGCGACGAGUGCAAGGGAGAGAUCAAAGAUUUCUCACAUCGGAGCGUUCUUCUGUGGACUUAGUCUGUGCAAUCAGCACACAAUUGUGCUUUAUGUUAUUUGCAUUAUAUUUUGGGUUCUGUUCCACCAGUUCAAGCAAAAGGAAUUGACCUUGAAAUAUAUGUUGACGUUGGGAGCAUUCUUUGUCGCUGGGCUUUUACCAUAUUUUUACCUAAUUGCCUCAUCAAUAUGCAGUCGAGCACGAUGGACCUGGGGAGACCAGACCACCAUUCAAGGGUUUCUUACUCAUUUACUUCGAGAAGAGUAUGGAACGUUCAGUCUGGCUAAAUCAGAGACCGGACUAAGUGUGGUAGACAUGUUAAUAUUUCAGAUAAAUCACAUGACCACCGACAUUUCCCCGAUAGCACAAGGCUUAGCCCUGUUGGGAUUGUUGCUGUGCUUUGUGAUGCAAGAUUCCAGUAUUCCAGUGGUUUGCUUAUUCACCAAAAUGUUUCUUUGCUAUUCGAUAUUCUUCAGUUGGAGAGCUAAUCUGGAUAUCACCAAACCACUCUUCCUGGGUGUGGUGGAGAGGUUUUGGAUGCAGAGCAAUAUUGUGAUUUGCGUUCUGUCAGGCCUCGGUCUCGCUUUACUGACCAGUAGUCUGAAAACGAAAACUGUUAGCUUUCAGCUUGUCCAUUAUAUUGAAUGGAUUUUUACUGUUUUGGUUAUCGCUAAGCAAGUUACCACUAAUUACAGUAUAUGUGAUCAAAGCAGCAAUUACGUGGUUGAUAAAUUUGCAAGGAAUAUUCUAUUUUCAAUGCCAAAUAACACAGUCAUUAUGCUGAGAGGUGAUUUGCCAGGCAACUCAUUGCGUUAUCUUCAUUACUGCGAAGGGCUACGGCCUGACAUUGCCCUCGUGGACCAAGAGAUGAUGACAUAUGAUUGGUAUUUACCAAAAAUUUCUCCGCAUAUACCGAAUGUCCAUUUCCCUGGGGACAGGUGGAAUCCGAUAGAGACCAAACUCUCAGAUGGAACAGUCACAUUUAACCUUCAGCACUUUCUCAGCGUGAAUAUGCACAGGGAGAUUUUUGUCUGCAUAGGAUUGCAUGAAGGGGAUAAAUCCUGGAAAAGCAGUCACAUGCUAUGGCCCUGGGGAUCCUGCGAGGAACUGGUUCCUAAAAACAUGGUUUUUAACGCAGAAGAAUGGAUUAAUCUUACAAGAAAUCUAUAUAACUGGACUGAAGAACAUGGAAGGUUUGAUCCUUCUACCUGGGAUGCCAUUGCAAACGAAGAGAUGUGGGAAGCAAGAACAAAAACCGCUUUCUUCAUCUUUGAACUAGCAGAAACUGCUCGUGUGUCUCCUGAUGUCAGAAAUCAGCUUCAUUUCUAUGCUUACAAGUUGUACAAAGAAGUUAUAAGCGCGCAUGAUAAUCAUCCCGUUAACUGGCACAAAAACUAUGCGAUUGCCUGCGAACGAAUGUUACGCCUACAAAGAGCAGAUAUCGACCAUGAAAUUCUUCUUAGGGACACAAUCAAACACUUUGAUGCGUAUUCAAAAAUAGCAGAGGAAGACAAUCAAAGAGAUGCUAUAUUGCAUGCUGUGAAAUACCUGAAAGAUCAACUCCUUGAACUCAGGAAAUUGAAAAGAAGUUUGAAAAAUAACAAAUCCUAGUAUUUCAUUUAUUUUUCUCAAAAAUUUGGUGGAUACCUUUCCACGAAAUUGUAUAUACCUCAAAAUGAUCUAGCUUUGUUGUCGGUGACAUUAUGCCAAACUGGGUCUUGAACAAAAUACCUUAAAAUGUACACACUGUUUAUUGAUCAUGUUUACUUUCCUUGAAUCAGUUAACCCCUAAGGGCCAAUGAUGAUCUUUGCUGUCAUAACCGUCUGGUCUUGAAGGAUCCUAUCUCAAAAUAAAAUGUCCCACUCAUUUUGUGGCUUCUAUGCUGUAUGGAGCUGGUAUGUUACAUUUAAGGUCAACAAAGGCCAUCAAAAAACAGAUUGUGAUAACGAUAAAGAACAUUACAUGGGAUUAAACAUGGCUUCUUUUGAAUGUGUUUUUUUUUUUAUAAUAAAAUUUGUUUCGGUUUAUUUGUAAUACAAAAAGAGAAUAAACUACACUGUUAUUGUUUCGUUUAUUUUA